AUUAACCGCAAAAAGACAACAUCCGAGAUAUUUGCCUACUCUCUUCUUCCUCUGAUGCUUCGCUCCCUGUUUCCUCCAAAAUUAGUCAAUUGCUCUUCAACUAAACAACCUACACACCAGCGGAAUCUUAACCCUUACUCCUCUUCACUUUUGUUUUCUUCUUGUUAUACUGGAAGUCUCAUAAAUCCCACAAAAGAAUUGCAGUUAAAGAAGGAAAGGAGAUGGCGUCUUUCCUGGGUUGCUUCGCUGCAGUCUCCCUAGUUCAGGUGAUUUUUUUCGCAUCUUUAUUGGGUGCAGAGAAGACUGGUUCGUGGGUUACAAAUAGGAAAAGACAUUCUGAAGAAUAUUGUGCAAUGUACGACAUAUGUGGAGAACGUAGCGAUGGAAAGGUUCUGAAUUGCCCUUACGGUUCCCAAUCUGUGAAGCCUGAUGAGCUUUUCUCAGCCAAGAUUCAAAGCUUGUGUCCAACAAUAAGGGGAAAUGUUUGUUGUACAGAGGCCCAAUUUGAUACAUUGCGCGGACAAGUCCAACAAGCUAUUCCUUUCCUCGUGGGUUGUCCGUCAUGCUUGCGGAACUUCUUAAAUCUUUUCUGUGAACUAUCCUGCUCUCCAAAUCAAAGUCUUUUCAUCAAUGUGACUUCCACUGCUGAGGUUGGUGGUAAUUUGACUGUGGAUGGUAUUGACUAUUAUUUAUCUGAAGCUUUUGGAGAAGGGCUGUACAAUUCAUGCAAAGAUGUUAAGUUUGGGACGAUGAAUACACGUGCAAUAGAAUUUGUUGGUGGUGGUGCUAAAAAUUCUAAAGAAUGGCUUGCAUUUAUUGGUCAGAAAACACCCCCUGGAUUUCCUGGGUCUCCUUAUGCCAUUAAUUUUAAGUCGAGCAUUCCUGAUUCAUCUGAAAUGAAGCUUAUGGAUGUGCCUGCUUAUUCAUGUGGAGACACUUUACUGGGAUGUUCUUGUGGUGACUGCCCAUCAUCUCCAGUGUGCUCAAAUUUAGAGCCUCCUACUCCUCACAGGGAAGACUCCUGUUCAAUUAUAGUUGGGCCUCUUAAGGUCAAAUGCGUUGAUGUCUCAUUAGUGAUUGUAUUUGUUCUGCUGGUUUCUGCAUUAGUGGGCUGGACAUUUUUCCAUCAGAGAAAAGAAAGGAGAGAUACAGCUAGUACAGAACCAUUAUUGAAGUUUAUGGGUGAAGGGGAGUCUGAUGGUAGGAAUGUUCCAUGGGAUAGAAAGGCUUCUCUGAUGAAUAGGCUCAAACUUCCCAUUGUUCAAAGUUACAUGUCAAAUUUCUACAGGCAAUAUGGUACCAAAGUUGCUAGAAAUCCCACUCUUGUUUUGUGUUCGUCCUUGGCAGUUGUUCUUGUACUUUGUGUAGGUUUAAUUCGUUUUAAAGUGGAGACAAGGCCUGAUAAGUUGUGGGUAGGUAAAGGGAGUAAGGCAGCAGAAGAGAAACAGUUUUUUGACAGCCACCUGGCCCCCUUCUACAGAAUUGAACAGCUUAUAUUAGCAACUUUGCCUGAUUCAAGGCAUGGCAAGAAGCCCAGUAUUGUUACAGAUGAAAAUAUCCAGUUACUCUUUGAAAUACAGAAGAAGGUUGAUGGCAUACGUGCUAAUUCUUCUGGUUCAGUUGUAUCUCUAACUGACAUUUGCAUGAAGCCUUUGGGCCAGGAUUGUGCGACUCAAAGUGUUCUACAGUAUUUUAAGAUGGACCCUGAAAACUAUGACAACUAUGGAGGAGUCCAACAUGUAGAAUAUUGUUUUCAGCAUUAUACUUCUGCAGACACAUGUUUGAGUGCAUUUGAGGCUCCCCUUGAUCCGAGCACUGCCUUGGGAGGAUUUCCAGGAAAUAACCACAUUCAGGCUUCUGCAUUCGUGGUUACCUAUCCAGUUAAUAAUGCAAUUGAUGAACAAGGCAACAAAAAGGCAGUGGCGUGGGAAAAAGCUUUUAUUAAGCUAGUGGAGGAGGAGCUACUGCCCAUGAUACAUUCUAGAAAUCUUACUCUUUCAUACUCAAGUGAGAGCUCAAUUGAGGAAGAAUUGAAAAGAGAGAGCACUGCGGAUGUUGUAACCAUAAUUGUGAGCUAUGUUGUGAUGUUUGCUUACAUAUCUGUGACGUUGGGUGAUGUACCUUCUUUGUCUACAUUCUAUGUCUCAUCCAAGGUACUGCUGGGCCUUUCAGGAGUUGUUCUUGUCAUGCUUUCUGUCCUCGGAUCUGUUGGAUUUUUCAGUUGUGUUGGAGUUAAAUCAACGCUAAUAAUAAUGGAAGUUAUUCCUUUUCUGGUUUUGGCGGUUGGGGUGGAUAACAUGUGUAUAUUGGUGCAUGCUGUGAAACGGCAAUCAUUUGAGCUACUACUAGAGGAGCGAAUAAGUAAUGCGUUGGUUGAAGUUGGUCCAUCAAUAACACUUGCUAGUUUAUCUGAGAUUCUGGCAUUUGCUGUUGGAAGUUUCAUUCCUAUGCCAGCAUGUCGUGUUUUCUCUAUGUUUGCAGCUUUGGCUGUUCUAUUGGACUUCUUUCUACAAAUUACAGCUUUUGUUGCAUUGAUUGUAUUCGACUGUCAGAGAGCUGAGGAUAGCAGGAUUGACUGUUUCCCAUGCAUAAAGAUGCCUUCAUCUUCUGAAGGGCCUAAUGAAGGCAUCUACCAGAGAAGAUCUGGUCUGCUGACUAGGUAUAUGAAGGAGGUUCAUGCACCCAUUCUUGGCCUUUGGGGAGUUCAAAUAGUUGUUAUUGUUGUCUUUGUUGGAUUUGCUUUGACGAGCAUUGCACUAUCUACAAGGAUUGAGUCUGGUUUAGAGCAAAAGAUUGUUCUUCCCCGAGACUCUUACCUUCAGGGUUAUUUCAAUAAUGUUUCUGAAUAUUUGAGAAUUGGACCACCACUAUAUUUUGUUGUGAAGGAUUACAACUAUAGCCUUGAAUCAAGACAUACAAACCAGUUAUGCUCCAUCAGCCAAUGUGAUUCGAACUCACUGUUGAAUGAGAUAUCAAGAGCGUCAUUAAUUCCAGAAUCAAGCUACAUUGCAAAGCCUGCCGCAUCAUGGCUUGAUGACUUUCUUGUGUGGAUAUCACCAGAAGCGUUUGGCUGCUGUCGAAAGUUUAUAAAUGGUACUUACUGUCCACCAGAUGAUCAGCCACCUUGCUGCUCUCCUGAUGAAGAUUAUUGCGGCAUAGGUGGAGUUUGCAAAGACUGUACAACUUGUUUCCUUCAUUCAGAUUUGAUCAACAACAGGCCAUCUACAGUGCAAUUCAGAGAGAAGCUUCCAUGGUUCCUAAAUGCUCUGCCAUCUGCUGAUUGUGCAAAGGGUGGUCAUGGAGCAUAUACCAACAGUGUGGAUCUAAAUGGUUAUGAGACUGGUGUUAUACAAGCUUCAGAAUUUCGUACAUAUCACACGCCACUUAACAAACAAGGUGACUAUGUUAAUGCAAUGAGAGCUGCACGGGAGUUCAGUUCAAGAAUGUCUGAUUCUCUGAAGAUUGACAUCUUUCCAUAUUCUGUGUUCUACAUCUUCUUUGAGCAAUAUCUGGAUAUUUGGAGGAUAGCUUUGAUCAAUAUUGCUAUAGCCCUUGGUGCUAUAUUUAUUGUCUGCCUGCUUAUCACUUCCAGUUUUUGGAGUUCUGCUAUCAUUCUACUUGUUUUGCUGAUGAUUGUUGCCGAUUUAAUGGGUAUGAUGGCACUUCUGGAUAUUCAACUAAAUGCUGUCUCCGUCGUAAACCUUAUAAUGUCAAUCGGAAUUGCUGUUGAAUUUUGUGUGCAUAUUGCACAUGCUUUCUUGGUAAGUCAUGGUAAUAGGAGCCAUAGGGCUAAGGAGGCCUUGAGUACCAUGGGAGCUUCUGUCUUCAGUGGAAUUACUCUCACGAAGCUUGUCGGAGUCAUUGUCCUUUCCCUCUCAAGAUCUGAAAUUUUUGUGGUUUAUUACUUCCAAAUGUACCUGGCACUGGUCAUUAUUGGUUUCUUGCAUGGGCUAAUCUUUCUACCAGUGAUACUGAGCUUAUUCGGGCCACCAUCGAUACAUGUACGAAUUGAAAAACAAGGGGAUGAGACAGCAUCUGCAUCAUCUCAGCUGAGCUGAUCUGAUCUGAUCUGAUCUGAGUGAUUGGUGCAGUUUUAUAGCCUUUUACUGUAAAACUAUCAUUUACGAAGAAAUAGAUUAAACUCUACUUUUUUUUAAGGAGCAUUUAGACGUUAAUUUUUCAAAGAUGUUUCUAUGAAUAUCAAUGUCGAUAUUGUCAUUUUUUAAAGAUGUUUCUAUUAAUUAUAAAUUUAUAACCUCA